GUCAGAGGCAAAUUUCAAAGGGAACGUGACGCAAAAGAUACAGACGUUGAAGAACUAAAAGCAUUGCUGGCUUUGUUGAUCAUGUCUGGAGUGUUGAGAGUUUCACAUCUCAAUUUCAUAGAUCUCUGGGCCACCGACGGAACCGGUGUAGAGAGGUUUCGUUGGAACACUGAAGAAAAACAAACCCGAUAUACCCGAGGAGAUUUUACCAGACAGAAGUCAAUUCAGCUGUCUGUUCGGAUUUCAAAAGACUCUAACCAUGGUUUCAAAUGAAGGCGAACCAAACGAUGGCCGUUAGCUAUUUUCUUCCAUCUUAUAAACGUUGCAUGCAUAAAUGCUCUCGUUGUACAUCGGGCAAAUACCACUAAAUCACGUACUCACAUGACUCGU